CCUUAUGAAUGUAAUGUGUGUGGAAAGUCUUUCACCAAGAAAUCAAAGCUUACUGUCCACCAGAGAACACACACAAAAGAAAAACCUUUUCAAUGCAACAUUUGUGGAAAAUCUUUCACCUGCAAGGCAUAUCUUACUAGCCACCAGAGAACACACAAAGGAGAGAAACCUUAUGAAUGUAACAUGUGUGGAAAGUCUUUCGCCAGGAUGGCAUACCUUACUGUCCACCAGAGAACACAUACUAGAGAGAAACCUUAUGAAUGUAACAUGUGUGGAAAGUCUUUUACCAAGAAAUCAAAGCUUACUGUCCACCACAGAACACACACAGGAGAGAGACCUUAUGAAUGUAACCUGUGUGGAAAGUGUUUCACCCAGAAAUCAAAGCUUACUGUCCACCAGAGAACACACACAAAAGAGAAACCUUUUGAAUGUAAGUUGUGUGGAAAGUCCUUUACCUGGAAGUCAACCCUCACUGUCCAUCAGAUAACACACAUGGGAAAGAAACCUUAUGAAUGUAAUGUGUGUGGAAAGUCUUUCACCAAGAAAUCAAAGCUUACUGUUCACCAGAGAACACACACAAAAGAGUGUCCUUUUGAAUGUAACAUUUGUGGAAAGUCUUUCACCUGCAAGGCAUAUCUUACUAGCCACCAGAGAAUACACACAGGAGAGAAACUUCAUGAAUGUAAUGUGUGUGGAAAAUCUUUCAUGCAAAAGGGUAACCUUACUGCCCACCACAGAACACACACAGGAGAGAGACCUUAUGAAUGUAACCUGUGUGGAAAGUGUUUCAUCCAGAAAUCAAAGCUUACUCGC